CCCGAGAGGCUGGGUACGGCUUAAAUUCGCUUCACGACCCGCAGCGCACCGUGAUGCAUGCUAACGCGCUAGCUAAUGCUAACAGCUGGUAAGGUGUUUAUUGUUGUUGCACUGCCCCGGCUUUUGUAGUUUGAUAACCGCCUGUGCGGGCUGUUUCCCCCGCCGGUUAGUGUUCCACACACAGGACGGACUCUUUAUCCCACGAUACACCACCUCCUUUCGGCUUUUAUUGCCAUUUACACUUUUCUGGAGGAGUUUGUUUCGUGGCUAGCUUAGCGGCUGUAGCAUUAGCAUGUGGUUAGCUUGCUAGCUGACAGCUUGCAGGCUUGAAACUUUGUUUUGCUCAACCUCCACCGCCUGGUCAACGGAGAGCUGGUGAAGGGCUUUGACUUGACAAUGGUCAAUGGACAUCAGAUCAUGGACGAGCCCAUGGAGGAGGGAGAUUCUUACUCACACUGUGAUGAAGGGACAUAUAAGGAGAUUCCUAUCACCCACCAUGUGAAAGAGGGUUGUGAGAAGGCGGAAUCAUCCCAGUUUGAACUGCUCAAAGUCCUCGGCCAGGGCUCUUUUGGCAAGGUAUUUCUUGUCCGGAAGAUCAUGGGUCCAGAUGCUGGUCAGUUAUAUGCAAUGAAAGUCCUAAAAAAGGCAUCUUUGAAAGUCAGGGACAGAGUUCGCACUAAAAUGGAAAGAGACAUUUUAGUGGAAGUGAAUCAUCCCUUCAUAGUGAAAUUGCACUACGCCUUUCAGACAGAAGGGAAACUGUAUUUAAUACUGGACUUUCUCAGGGGAGGGGAUGUAUUCACUCGCUUAUCCAAAGAGGUUAUGUUUACAGAGGAAGAUGUGAAAUUCUACCUUGCAGAGCUGGCCCUGGCCCUUGACCAUCUGCACAGCCUGGGCAUAGUUUACAGAGAUCUCAAGCCAGAGAACAUCUUACUUGAUGAAGCUGGACACAUAAAGUUAACAGACUUUGGCUUGAGUAAAGAGUCAGUAGAUGCUGAUAAGAAGGCGUAUUCCUUCUGUGGUACGGUGGAGUAUAUGGCCCCUGAGGUGGUCAACAGGAGAGGACACACACAGAGUGCAGACUGGUGGUCUCUGGGAGUAUUGAUGUUUGAGAUGUUAACAGGGACAUUACCAUUCCAAGGCAAAGACCGAAAUGAGACCAUGAACAUGAUUCUCAAAGCUAAGUUGGGAAUGCCCCAGUUUCUAAGUUUGGAGGCCCAGAGUUUGUUGAGGAUGCUCUUUAAACGUAACCCUGCAAAUAGACUAGGGGCCGGACCCGAUGGAGUGGAGGAGAUCAAACGCCACGCUUUCUUUUCCACCAUCGACUGGAAUAAACUGUACAGGAGAGAGCUCCAGCCCCCAUUCAAGCCUGCAGCAGGGAAACCAGAUGACACAUUCUGCUUUGACCCAGAGUUCACCGCUAAAACACCUAAAGACUCCCCAGGUAUCCCGCCUAGUGCUAACGCCCACCAGCUCUUCAAAGGCUUCAGUUUUGUUGCUCCAGCCCCUAUGGACGAGAACAAGGGCUCCCCACUGCUCAGCAUACUCCCUAUUGUUCAGAUGCAUGGGGGCGCAGCCAAGUUCUCAGAUCUGUACGAGCUGCAGGAGGACAUAGGGGUUGGCUCUUACUCCAUAUGUAAACGCUGUGUACACCGAGUCGCUGCUGCGGACUAUGCUGUGAAGAUUAUAGACAAAAGUAAGAGGGACCCCUCUGAAGAGAUCGAAAUCCUGAUGCGAUACGGACAGCAUCCCAACAUCAUCACUCUGAAAGACGUGUAUGACGAGGGCAGGUAUGUUUACCUGGUGACGGAGCUGAUGAAGGGUGGAGAGCUGCUGGAUAAGAUCCUCAGGCAGAAGUUUUUCUCUGAGAGAGAGGCCAGUGCUGUGCUCUACACCAUCACCAAGACUGUUGACUACCUCCACUGCCAAGGGGUGGUACACCGAGACCUGAAGCCCAGUAACAUCUUGUAUAUGGAUGACUCGGGGAAUCCUGACUCUAUAAGGAUUUGUGACUUUGGAUUCGCUAAGCAGCUUCGGGGAGGAAAUGGUAUCCUCCUCACCCCCUGUUACACUGCCAACUUUGUGGCACCAGAGGUACUAAUGCGUCAAGGUUAUGAUGCAGCCUGUGAUAUAUGGAGUCUUGGAGUUCUACUGUAUACAAUGUUGGCAGGGUACACACCGUUUGCGAAUGGGCCAAACGACACACCAGAGGAGAUUCUGCUACGGAUUGGCUCUGGAAAGUUCUCUUUGACAGGUGGCAACUGGGAUACUGUAUCAGACAGCUCAAAGGAUCUGCUGUCUCAUAUGCUCCACGUGGACCCUCACCAGCGAUACACAGCAGAGCAGGUCCUAAAGCAUUCCUGGAUCACCUGCAGAGAUGCCCUCCCACACUUCCAGCUCACACGCCAUGACGCACCCCACCUCGUCAAGGGAGCUAUGGCUGCCACCUAUUCAGCACUGAGCCAGAAGACAAGUCAGCCUGUGUUGGAGCCUGUGGCAGCUUCCAGUCUAGCGCAGAGACGCAGCAUGAAGAAACUCACCUCAACAGACAUGUAGACACACACACACACACACACACACACACACACACACACACACACACACACACACACAUCGCUCACCCUCCAGUUUCAACCUCACUCUCAGUCGAACUCUCGUACGCAGAUGCGCCCACACAUAGACCCAGGUCCUGGCCAGUUAAAGCUACUGUGUCCCUCUGUUUUAUUAACCUAUUUAUUUGACAUGCUCAACACAUGCACUCACACCCACCUGAACAUGCACGCACACACUGGACGAUGUUGCAUUGCGAAGAGGUCAGCCGAAGAGGAAGAGGGGAAACUCACAUAUCUGUUACUGCUGGGGAGAACGCCAGUAUUUAUUUUCCAUAGCUUUCAUAUGCACUUGCCCUCUUCGCCUUUCAUUCUUUCUUCCUCGCGUGGGGAAGAGACGCACCAGCGGAUGUUCUCCUUCACUGUGAUUGGCUGAUUCAAAGCUGCUUCGGUAAACUGUGCCCCCCCUACCCACUGCUCUUCAUCUUCUCGGUCACCCUACUCCUCCUCGAUUCUCUCUCCCACCCUCUGUGGUUUGCUCUUGCUCUCUGAACUUCUUCUCUUCAAAGUGUAGUUAUGGUUUAUGUGUCAGAGUGUUGACAUGAUGAUAUUGACUGAGGGAGAUUGUACGACUGUUUCCACUGUAACAAACAAAAAGAUAUGUGUAUGCUUGUGGCAGGGUUUUGGGGUCCCUCAGCUUCAAUAUCAUCUGCCAGCACUUUUGGUAACAUUAAUCCAUGUGUGGACACAACCUGUAUUUAUUUUCCCCUUAAAUUGACUGUCUGACUCAUGUUAUUUUGUGUGUAUCAAAAGAGGUAAAAUAAGCUUCAGAUGGACAAAAAUAAAAAUACUAGACUUAGAAGGGUGAAACAAUGUGGUAACGAUAACAGACAUUUUAGUUUGCAUAUAUAUAUGCUGAAAAUGAAGAGCAAGUGGGGGGAGCUGUAGGGAUUUCUCUGGGGGGGACGGGAAGCACCCCGUCAAACCAGAGGCGGAAUAAAAAAAUAAAAAAGUUAAAAAAAGAUUUCCAUGGAUAUCUCUUCAAAAAGACAUUGUGGAAACUGUAUGAUAUUGUAUUUAUUUCAUUUGAUUUUUAAGAUUCUAUUUUUCUUUCAAGUUAUGUAUAUAUUGACAUUAAAGAUCAUUAUUGACAUGCA